UUAGCAUGAUUAGGGUCUGCUUAUUUUGUUUCGUGAUUUCAAGAUCACUCCUAUGGUUUGGAAGAAUAUUCUGAGGUACUAGCUUUUUUUCUGUGUUGAUAAAAAUAGUGACAGCCAGGUAUGGUUAAAUGGGUACAUUAUCAAUACGCGUGUUACGCGAGAAAAUUUAAAAUGAACCCGUGUGAGACAAACCUGCGGAAAGCUAAAAAUAGUACCUCUAAGGUAAGCAUUAAAGUGCACCCGUGUGAGACAAACUGCGGAGAGAUAAAAACAGUACAAGGUGUGUACAAAAUUGUAAAGAGCCACUGCGAUUUCAAUAUGAUGGAUCUGAAAAAGUUGUAUGGUUUCCUUUGGAUUUUAAUAUUCAUCAAAACGAGAACAUCCAAGAUCCAAAAGAGGGCAACAGAACAAAAAAUUGGAAACAUUAUACUUGUAUAUCAAAUACUAAAUGUAAGCGAAGACUGCUCUGUUGGACAGAAAUUCAUCAAGGCCAACUGUACCGAUUCGGAGCAUGCCAUUUGUCUUAGGAAUUAUACAUGGAAAAACUUGGUAGCUGUGUGUGUUGACAAUAUUCCAAUGCAUGGUCUGUGUCCUGUCCUUACACUGGCAAAGAAAAAUGGAAGGAUACCGUUCAUAACAAUUCAGAUGGACCAUCAGUCUAUAUGUGACAACUGCUCUCACUAUUAUUUGUGGGAUGUUGGAAAAU